AUGGCAGUCAGUUUAUUUCCUCUUCUUGUUGUUACUACCUUAUACUGGUAUUAUGUAAACGAAGCAUAUGCUCGUAUUACUGCUUUCAUUCCGUUAAAGACUUUAAAAGAAGAAGAAAACAUCGAAAACUCAUCUUUCGCGCCUUCAACCUCUAAUUCUCCAAAACCUUCUGAUAACGAGUCCUCUCAAAUUACUUUCCCUAAUACUGAUAAAGGUAAAAUGAACUCUCUAUCAGAUAUGGAAAUUUAUCGUGCGGCUCCAGACUUGUACACAGAUUAUAUUCAACCACCCAUGACCUUAUACGAUGGUGUACUCAACACUGGAAUGCGGGAGUUUGGCGCCCCAGCAUUAGUGGGAAAACUCCCUUGGUUAUGGCUUCCAGUUAAAAGAGACAAAACUAAUGAAGUAAAUAAGCCUGGAUUUUUCCAUCGUUUAUUGGGUUUAAAUAAGAGUAAUCAGUCGAUUGCUGACGAAGAACGUGAACCAUUAUUAAGUGAAUCGAUUGAAUCAGAAGCUGAUCAUAGAGCUUAG